UAAAGCCAUGGGUUCCGAAUGAAUAAAAAUAAACAUGGCGACUUAUGAGUUGGCAGAUCAUAUGAUAAUCAAAUUAUUUGAACUGUAAAGUAGACCAACUUUAAUCAAAAUGUUUAAGAUAGAGUCUUACAUCACCCCACUAUUGAUGGGCUACGUAGAUAAAUAUGUGAAGUUGCGACAUGAAGAUUUUCAGCUGUCACUGUGGGGUGGUGAUGCAGUCCUGAAUAACCUUGACCUUAGAUUGGAUGUCAUCGAGAAGGCCAUCCAGCUUCCAAUCAUCUUCAAAAGUGGCCAUAUUCAUGAACUGAGAAUCCAUGUACCUUGGACAAAACUAGGGUCUGAACCUAUUGUUAUAACAAUUAAUACGAUAGAAUGCAUUUUGAAACUGAGGGAAUCUGCAUACAGUGACACAGCUAGUUCUCAAACGCCAGAAUUAAAGAAAUCGCGAUCAUUCCAGGCAAAACAAAAACAAAGACGACAACAAGCAGGGGAAGAUCUUCCACCAGGUUACUUACAAAGUCUUAUGAAUAAAAUCUCCAACAAUGUCAGUAUAGUAAUAAACAAUUUAAUUGUGAAAUUUGUGGAAGAUGAUAUAGUCUUGUCUAUUAAUGUGAAGUCACUAGAGUGUUUCAGUGUGAAUGAGUUGUGGAAUCGAGCCUUCAUUGACCUCUGUCCCCCAGAGCUUGCCCUUAGGAAGUCAAUCAACCUCUCGGACCUUACAAUUUGUCUAGAUAAGUGUGACAGCAGUGGGAAGAUAGAGAAUUAUCAGGACCCCAUGGUAUACAGGUGCUCCGUUACUGGUAGAGUCUACCUCAAGUAUGACUCAAUCAAUGCAAAGUUUCCCAGCAUCACUAAGUUUGACUUGUUUUGUGAGACUUUGGAUGUGUCGCUGACUGACACACAACUGCCAUUGUUUUUCCGCUUGAUUGAACUUUGCUUAGCAUUGUACUAUGGCACGCUCGAGUUUCCGAGCUCAGUGAAUGAGCAGGAGUCAAGUGUGAAGAGCACAGAAGGAAGUGAGGACAAGAAAGAGGAAGAUGAAGAGAAACUAAGGGUGGAGGAUCCAGAGAAUCAACAGAGCUGGUCCUCGUGGGCGUGGUCCUACGUCCCCCAGAUCCUACCCACGGGGGAGGAGGACUUACAGGCCGAGGAAAGGUCCCCAAAGAAGAAACCACCCCCAGCUGUGUUAGCUGUAGGGAUGUACGCACACAAAGCCUCACUGACUUUUAAGCUGACAGAGAAGAUGAGAGAGAAAGUCCACUACGGUCCACAGAAGAUAGCAUUCCGACCCUUUAUGUACAUGGAGGCUGAAGGUAUAGGGGUGGACAUUGUGAUGAAGGGCCUGACCUUCUUCAAUGUCCAGUUUGGGAUCAGCAACAUCAGUCUGGAGACCAGGGGAAACUGUAUCUGUGGGGCAGAUGAUGGCGAGGAUCAAAGGAGCAAGGUGAUUGUGAAGGGAGGUGAUGGUCUUGCUGACAAGGUCAUCAAUUACUAUAGCAGGUCACUGUUUGACCUUGGUUGUCCUGUCAACCAAGGUCAGGUAUUGACCUGGACCUUUGAUGGACCAGAACACUUACAGACAUACACCGAACAGGCUGCUAUGGACAAAUUUGGGGUGUUUUUUGUGGAUUAUCUCUAUGUGAUGCAACCGUAUGAGGAAUCAUCUCAAAUGAUUGGGAGCACGUCCUCAAUAUCUGAGGGAGAGGAGCAUGUGUUCCUCAGGGAGAACUCCUUAAUGAGGUACAUUGUGGGGAGCUGUCAGUUUAACAUCUCCUCCUCAGCUGUCCACAGAGUCCAGAGGUUCAUACAGGCAGCUCAGAACCACAGCUACGAGCCGUAUGCUAAAACUAAAGACGAGGUAGUGGAUGACCAGAGACCAGCCCCAUCGGAGGCCCAGGUGUCGUCCCUGGAGAACGUCCUACCCACCCGAACCCAGCACCUCACCAUCAUACAACCCUUCAUCUCCGUCUACUACGCUCAACAUGAAAAUUGUGAUAUCUCCAAGAAAUCCUACAAAACUGUUCAUAAACCUUCCAAGGUUUCUAAAGAAGAAUCAAAUUUACCAAAGCCAUCAGCUGUGAUAUUACCUGUGGUUGCUAUGACAGCAGUAAAAUUUGAAUUUCAAGUCACUAAUCCAAUGUAUCCCAGAAAACUUAUCAAAUUUGUCAGUAAAAUGGCUGCUCCUUCUGCUAACCUUCUCCAUAAUUGCCACUCACACACACAAUUUAAGUUGUUUGGAGCUGCCAUUGGUCUGCAGACUCUGUCAGAAGAUUUAACAAAGUCACAUGUCCUGUCUCUUGUGCCUGAGUUCAGUGGCGCCAUCUACAACAAGCGUCUCCUGCUCUCCAUGUAUUGGAACAGUAGGAGACAGCCUAAGACUGAGCAGAUUUAUGAACUUCCUCAGGCCACGGCCAACUUCACCAAGGCCAGUCUACUGCUACUGACCCAGAUUGUAUCGUCAUGGCAACAGAAGACUCCAAAGUCAGCUCUUCUUACAGACACAAGUCUAAUGAAGGAUAACUUUGUAGAAGAUGCUGUGAAUAUCCCUGUGCUAGAGUUGAUUGUGUCAGGAAUAGAAAUGAAGAAGUGUAAACUGGUGGACACUCAGGCCUGUACUGGUACCCUGUCCUCAGUUAUGGCAACUCUCUACUUGGGGAGAAACUCGCCACCUAUCCCAGUGUUCACUGCUCCGGCCGACACCAGUAAAAUCUCUACAGAAGAAUUCUUCAUGCACCAGACUACAUAUACAGAGGAAUCCAAAGAUUUCAUCACAAUUGUUUAUCAGAUUCCUAAAGAUCAGGCAACAGCUGAGUUACCAACUGUGGCCUUGCUGAAUAUGGAAGGAUUUGUAUGUAACAUGGACCAGUCAUUAAAUGAAUGGUUUAAUUACACACCCACAUUAAUGAAGAAAGCCGCCAAGAAAGAGAGUCAAGUCAGCCUUGACAUGGCCUUGGCUGAGGCCACCAUUCCACUGCAGAGACAAAGGUCAAAAGCUUCAAGUGCUGAUUCAACAACUCACAAAACAGAAUCUGUCACUAAAAACACUAGUCAAGUAGAAACAAAAACAAUUACCCAUAGUGCAUCACAGAGAGCACUGACCAAUCAGAAGUCAGAGAGUGAAGAAUCAAGGAAAACAGAGGACGUUCUUGGGAAAUGGCUGUCUGGGAUAUUUCCUUAUGUUAAGUCACUCUACCUUCAGGGUCUGGAGUAUGAUGGCUACAGUAAAGACAGAGUGGAUGAUGAACGUGAACCUAUUAAGUUGGUGCCUAUGCUGUAUAGAUUGGACAUGAAGAUUGUAGCAGCUCCAGCUAUUGUUUACAUCUCUCAGAGGAAGGAUAUCCAACCCGUACAGAAGAUUUUGGUAUGUGGACAUUCCUUGGAAGUCAAUGUAACAAACAAGCUUAACAUCUAUGCUGGGACAAGUCAGAUCAAACUCUUUGAGGACCUGGCUCUAUCUUUUGUGUCAAGCCUCUCAGGGAAACAUAGCAGAAGAGAAAAACAUUCCAGAAAAAGUCAGACAGGUGCCCCGGCAAAGUCAGAGGUGUCAGCUGACAGCGGACUGGGUAGUGAUAUAUCGUCAGUCAAAUCCCCAGGGAAAACAAGAACAGAGAGACCUUCUAUAAUAAAUCAGGGUCAAGGAUCUCAGUCAAUCACACCUUUUGACUUAUUACUGACUGCUAAUGUUGUGUCCUGUACACUGUUCAGAAACCAGGGGAUAGAGAAAGGGGUGGAUCUAUCAGACGACGUGGUGAUCAUUGAUAAAGCUGAUGUGGCAGACAUGGGAACAGCGAAUAAUUCUGACAGAAAAGGAAGGAAAGAAAGUACAGGAGAUUCAUGUCUGGAUCCUGUGAUACCAUUCCUACAUCUGUAUCUAUGGCAACCUCAUACAGUGCUUUCCUGUCACCAUGACAACCAGAAGUUUGAAAUUUCAUGCUAUGAUAUUUCCUUAAAAGGGCCCCAUAAAAAUAUCACUCCUACAGAUUUAUCCAAGCAGUUGCCUAACUGGUCAACAUAUGGAGUGAGCUGGAUAGAGACCAGACCAGGAGAACCCAAUCCUAAGACAGGAAUCCCUCCAAGUCUGUGUACACUGUCUGUUGCAGACUUGAUGAAGGAUCGGGCUAAAAUUGGGGUCAAAGUGGAGAGACCAGUGAAAGUCAACUUAAGUCUGGAUAAAGUGCAACACAUUCAGGAUUUCCUCGGUGACAUUUUGGUAUCUCCUGGUGAUCAGAGUGCUAAGGGACCACCUAACUUGGAGGGGGCAGUCCCAGGACCACCAGGAAAAUCUGGGUCACCAUCAAGGGAGACAACUAGUGCAAGUUCAGAGGGACUUCAGACUGUUAUUUCUAAAAUUGGAAAUGUGGAUGUGGUUUGUAAUCAGAUGGUCAUAGCCAUGGAGACAGAAUGUGCUGAUGAGCAUGCUCAGUUGUUCAGUAGUGUAGAGGAAAUCCAGCUGGAGGUCAACCUGAUUCCUAAUCAGCUAAAUCCAGAUAAGACAGAAGGACUGACAGCAGACUUUUAUUUCUGGGAUUUAACUGUCAGCACCAGUUACAGAAACAAAACCUGCCCCUUUCUGGGGCCCCAGAGUUUGGCCGCUGAUGCUGUGGUCAGAUUCUAUGAGGAUGAUUGUCUGACCCCAUUGCCUGUACCCAGAGUGGUCACUUCUGUCACUGUAGAGCAUGUACAGAUCUCAGUUGGUCAGGAGCAUGUCAAAUGUUUCAAAGUAUUCGGGGAUAGUUUGAAGAAGUUCACUGGUCAAUUCCAGAAAGUCAGUAAGAGGCAUAGAGACCCCCCAGACCUUAGGGUGGAGACAGAGGGGGCACCUGUUGAAUCUGUAUUGGUGGCAGAAGAGUCCUCCAAGGAUGAUCUGAGAACGGGAAAGUUCCUGUAUGUCAUGAAUCCAGACAGCAGAGUGAUGUUCCCGGCAGCAGGACAGAUUGUCUUCUGUAAUGAGGACCAUAACGACGAAGCCAGCAUGACCUGGAGUUAUUGUCAGCCAAGAGUUAUCUCCCAUAUGUCAUUCACUCCCAUUCCAUUUAACUUACCUCAGAACUUCCCCAGUAAAGCAGAGGAAAAACAGAUACUGGUACCAUGUGCUUUACAGUACUACGAUGUGGUCACUAAACAGUUUGUGACCUAUAUACAGUUUGAUCUGUCAGAAAAUGUAGAGACUGUGCUGGAACUACCAGAGGUCAAAGUACAUCUGGUGGGGGAUCUAGUGGUCGCCAAGAUGUGGAGGGUGCUGAUCAAAUAUAACCAGAUCUUCUGUCACGGACAUGAACUGACAGAAGAGGACCUGCCAGAGAGAAGUUCUAUCCUGCUUCCCUCCUCCCUGGCCGCCUCAGUGAAGAUUGAUUCCAGUUACCUCCCCUGUCUUAUCCCAGUACUACAGUGUUACAUCAAUGUCAGUCUGGUGGCCGUUCACCUGUAUAACCACUUCAGGUGUCUGGGCUCAGGGGUACCCAGUAAACUACAUCCCUUUGUGUUUGAUGGCAGUCUUCCAGAGGACCAGAUGUUCAGUGCCCUGACCUUCAGGAAUUCCUCACUACAAGUCAGACAUCUACUGGGGGACUUCAGGAGGACUGCAGUACAGUUGUCUGGGUCUGCUAGUGUAGAGGUGACAGACUACGGCACUACAAACCAUGACGUCAUCAGACCCUUUAUUUUCUACGGAGACAUAUGUCUACUUCCUGAAGACAAACAGACACAGCAGUUGGAUUGUAACCUGACAGUAGAUCCAGUGUUUAUCAGGUUUGGUAAAGGAGCUGUACACACUCUGAACUGCUCACUCCAGGCCUGGAAUCAGGUGUCUGGUGUAACAAAAGAAACAGAGAGAGUGAUACUCAAUCACUACAUCAUAUGUAAUGAUACAUCUCAACCAAUCAGGUUUGGUCAGGUUGGAACUGAUGAAAACAUUGCCCUGGAAUCCAGAAACAUGCACUGCUACAGCUGGAGAAGUCAAAAAGCAAAACAGGAGCUCCAUCUGUGUGUUGAUGGUAAGGUGUGGAAGUGGUCUGAGCCGUUUGACAUUAACGUUGUUGGCAGUGUAGUUCGAGUCAUGAAGACGUUUAAUCAACAACAGUCCCUGAUCAUUACUGUCAAACAGAUAUCUAAUGUCCAGAAACAGGUGACCAUUCAUGGACAACUGAUGAUAGCCAGUCACAUGUCCCUGCCGUUAAAUGUCAGGAUUUUCUACUCCACGUCGGAAUCUGAGAUGAACCAAUCAACAGUCAUGCUUCACCAGAGUGAGACAGGCCCCUCCCACAUUCUAGAACCCGAGCAUAUCAAGUACAUCAAAGUACGAGCACACCGAGGGCCAGUGGAUGAUUAUGAUUGGUCCAGUGAGGUGUAUGUGUCCGCAGAGAAACUUACAGACAGCAGGACAGUCAUGAUUACAAUGCCAGACAAGAGUAAGAUACACAUCUGGUGUUCUCAACAUGUGAAGAGCUCCUCACGAGUUACAGUCUUGUUAUGUCCCCUAUAUGUGAUAAGAUCUCAGCUACCUCGACAGCUAAUCGUUCACAUAGAAACUCCCAGCAUGCAACAGACACGACAGGUCAAUGUUCCUGGAAAGGGGAGAGAACUCCAGCUGGAAUGUCUAGGAGCGGCUUACAGUCAUAAUCUCACCUUCCAGCUCAGUCAAGGAUUGGAGAAAUCCAGUUCCUCAGUGACCUUGACCACUGGACUCAUAAAUCAGAUUACAAGGUCAUCACCAUCCACUAUAGACGUGGAGGCUCUCACUCAGACCUGGAGGAAGGAGGAUGGAGAUCAGUGGCCAUAUUGUUUUACAGAGGAUGCCAAGUAUGAUACUUAA